UCCGUGACUUCCGAGUUGACUCCAGUACUGGGCUUGCCGAGACGAGUCAGAAACCCGAAUUGGCGAACUCCGAGCUGUGUUUAACUAUUUAUGCACUGAUACUGAUCCACCAUUCGUGGUUUCGCGCCAAUAGCAGAUGAUAGAGGAUGAGGGUCUUGUUUUCCUGCAGCAGCUCAAUUUUAGUGGGAGCAACGCCACUGACUAGAAAAGCAGCCAAUCCUCAUUAUUUCUCCUCGCCGAUUAUCAGCUUCAACGCCGAACCGAAUAAUGGCAACCAUCCAAAAUGGCCUCAGAAACUUCUACUGCGUGCAUUUACGGCAGCUCUCUCUUUUGGGUUCAUCGUUUCGUCUCCCUCUUCCAUUGCCAUUGCUGCACAGUCCCCAUCCCUUCAAAUUCCACCCCCUCCUUCUCCUCCUUCCGAGCUUUGCCAAGAAGAAGAAGAAGCGGAGGAACAAACACCAGAACCCGCUCCAGAAUUCGUUACCAAUGAAGCAAUUGUAGAAGAAGCUUGGGAGAUCGUCAAUGAUAGCUACCUUAACACCGGGCGCCGUCAGUGGUCCCCCGAUAUAUGGAUGCAAAAGAAGACAGACAUAGUCGGUAGCUCUAUUCAAACAAGGUCUAAAGCUCAUGACAUCAUCCGGCGGAUGUUGGCUAGCUUGGGUGACCCUUAUACACGGUUUCUUUCUCCUUCAGAGUUCUCCAAGAUGGCUAAAUAUGAUGUGACUGGCAUUGGGGUAAAUCUUCGGGAAGUUCCAGAUGACAAUGGAAGUACUAAAUUGAAGGUACUAGGUAUCAUUUUAGAUGGUCCUGCUCAUGCUGCUGGUGUGAGACAGGGCGAUGAAGUCUUAUCUGUUAAUGGAGUGGAUGUUAGAGGGAAAUCAGCUUUUGAAGUGUCAUCCAUGCUACAAGGUCCUAAUGAAACAUUUGUGACUAUUGAGGUUAAACAUGGCAAUUGUGGACCUAUCCAAUUUUUUGAAGUCCAAAGACAACUUACUGCUCGAACCCCAGUAUUUUAUCGGCUUGAGCAAAUGGACAAUGGAACUGCUUCUGUUGGAUAUAUACGCCUGAAAGAAUUUAAUGCAUUGGCAAAAAAGGAUUUGGUUAUUGCAAUGAAACGUCUUCAGGACCUUGGUGCCUCAUAUUUUGUUCUGGAUCUUAGAGAUAAUCUUGGUGGACUCGUACAGGUUGGCAUUGAAGUUGCUAAACUCUUUCUAAAUGAGGGGGAGACGGUGACUUAUACUGUUGGAAGGGAUCCCCAGUACCAAAGAAAUAUUGUAGCAGAAAAUUCACCUUCGGUUACUUCUCCAGUCAUUGUAUUAGUGAAUGGCAAAACUGCUAGUGCAAGUGAAAUUGUUGCAACUGCACUUCAUGAUAACUGCAGAGCCGUCCUUGUUGGUGAGAGAACUUAUGGCAAGGGUUUGAUCCAAUCUGUAUUUGAACUUCACGAUGGAUCUGGUGUGGUUGUCACUGUUGGGAAGUAUGUGACACCAAAUCAUAUGGACAUCAAUGGAAAUGGAAUAGAGCCUGAUUUUCGAAAUAUCCCAGUUUGGAAUGAAGUUAUCAAGCAUCUUUCAUGGUGUCACAUGCAAAGAUUAGGAUAAGUGCAGUAUCAUCUCGAGUCGGAGCAACCAUCAGUUAAUUCCGCAGACAAGAUCUAUAUAUUCAAGAAAGCUCUUUUGAAAUGGGAAUCCGUUUGAUUUUGCACUUUGCCAGGAACCAGUUUUCUAGAUGGAUUCACUGCACAGUGCCAGAGGUUUUUGAUGUUGUACAACAUGUUCAUAUGUAACAACCAGGCUUGCUUAAAUGAAGAGGAAAAACAGAACAAUUUUGUACAGCAUACCGAGCAGUGUUGAGACAGCAACUCAAAUUUGGAAGCGUUUUGUUUGUCUAAAUGUGUAUGAAGUUACAUAUACAAAACUAUAAUCAAGUUUUACCAUUGUUUUGGAAAACAAAUGCCAGGAACAUUGUUACAAAUGGCAAUAAAGAGAUUUUUUUUUUCGAA